GUCCAUUCCCUACUGCCCCAACUUAUACCACGUCGCCGGGACGUCCGGCGCCCUGCUUCCACCAAUUACUAGGACCGUCGUCCCUGCCGAUUUGGCUAUUUUCUGGCCAUGAACCGCAGUCGACGGCCGUCGGUGCCGAUAGUGGGACAAGUUGCUGGGUCUUCCUCCGCCGCAACAUCGACGACGCGUGUCGCGAGGAGUUCUGACUCGAAUGGUUUCGGGAUAUCCAACAGCUCUCUUUCCUAUGCCCCAAACUCAUCCAAACCCCAAUAUCGGAUCCUCGUAGUAUUGGUGAACAGGCUGAAAUCAAAGCUUCCGCAUAACUCAGGGAUGGGACUGGAUGAGUUGGAGACCGAUAGUGUAGCCCAGCAGGCUGUGGAAGCGCUAGUGGCAUUGGCGCGAGAUGGUCUGGAUUUCGUUGCUUGGGAGCUCUCGAACGUUCUGGCGUCUUUGGCUGACCCUCAUCAAGAGCAACGACAGCAACAUCCAGCUCAUCUAUCAGUGGAACUGCUACAAUCUCAAUUGUUCAUAAUGAAAGUCCUGGCGAUGUCGCUGUCUACCAUGUGGUCGUCAACAAAGCGGCCGGCUUCCCGUACAAGCACGGAUUCACCUUUGCCAACCCGCGGCCGACAUUCAUCGGACCAACGGUCCACUAACUCGACGCGUUCGUCAGAAGUUCUCCCACUUGAAGACUCGAUCGCGCAAUACAUAUUAAACGUGAUGGCUCCCUACCUCCGCCAGACGCAGAUGCAAGACAUUUCACCGAUGAUUCCUGACAGCAUCUCUGACAUCUCAUUUGCCCAAUAUGAGCUUCUGUUUGCGGAGAUGACCGAGGGGAAGGACGAAGAGCCGUACAUCCCAGAGACGUUGCGAGGCCGAGCUUCAUCGAGCUCGAUGGAGAGUUCAGGUUCUGCGUUUCCGGCACAGGCGAACACCACCUACGAAAUCACGAUGCGAUCAGCAUUGAAGUCGCCGCAUCUGUUGAAUAUGCUGCUGGCUGAAUAUGCGGGACGCGUCAUUUUCCACAUUUCUGCUUCGAACUGGCCGAUCGUGUUCCAGCAGCUUCGAUUGAAGUUGCAUCAGAUGGCGGGUCUAACAGAACCAUCACAGCCGCACCUGGACAUGGCUGUUUUACAGCUGCUUGCGUACAGCUCUAUCAACAGAGAAAGACUGUUGCUGACGUUGCAAGAAGUGUUGACUGUCAUUCUCAACAUCAAAGAAGAAUUCACAUCCAUAGCCCCGGUUUUGCGUCUGGCCAUUUGGAACUGGAUUGAUCAAUACCCCGACGAAUUCAACGAGACCAUCCGACUUCGUGGUGGCUUGGAGGGGAUACCCGAGCGCCUGUUUGAUCAGUUAUUCACCAUGUCGACGACUGCAGAAAGUAAUCGACUGACGUGGCCUGCGCUGGCCAUGCUGAAUAGUAUAUCUGGAGAUCGCCUUUCACCGGAUCUGAUUCAGCCAAAUUCGGGGCGCAGCAAGGCUUCCGCGAGACCUAACGUGUUAUUCAGCGAAGAGAUUCUUCGACGAGCGCAUAUGCAAACGCGAUUAUCUGAGAUCGCGAUGGUUUGUGCGGCUGAUGUGUGUCGAGUAGCUUCUCGAGUGAGUCCUGAUGGGGAGGUCCCUGUGCGGAUGCUCGCACACGACAUCGCCCCUGAGUUCAAGAGUGCUCUGCGGCAUCCAAUGGGCACUGGCCAGAAGCCGUUCUGGGAUCUGGAUGAAAUCGAUGUUGCGUUGUAUGCCUCUGUGCUGACAGCCAUCUUCCGAUUCUCACCGGAGGAAGACUCGAUCCCGCUGUUCGUCGAAUGUCUGCUUCCAGAACGGGCCGAGUCAGUCAAGAUGUGCGCUGUGCGCGCCUGUUUGACUCUCGUGGCAGAGGCACCUCGACUUCCCUGGCAAAAGCCAGUGGCGAAAUUGGCUGAAGCUGUGAGCGACAGGCUGACGGCCAUCUUCAAAGGGGGCGGUCGACGGCGCGGGGAAGUUGAUGCGAGCGGUCGUGUGCAAAGGCCCCAACCGUAUCCGAAAUGUAAACGGCGGGUUCCCCAGCCACUCAAUGACAGCGAGGUGGUCAUGAUCGCAAUCCUGAGUCUCUUCCGGAUCAAAGGCGGUGGUUUCUGGCAUCGCGAAGAUCGAUCUGGUACGGCCUGGAUGGAAGCGGCCUUGCGGGUCUGGGAGUCGCCGCUUGAUAAUGCGGUCAAGACAUCGACGAUCGUCAACUUCGUAGGGGCAUGUCAGAUCUUUCUCUUCGAACACAUCACCAUCUACUUCAACUUUCUGCAACAUGCACUGCCCACCGCGAUGUUCUGCUUCAGCUCCAAUCUUUUACGCGCUCGGGGGGAUGUUGAGAGCACCAGAAUGUGGGUGUCUGCGAUCCAGCGCAUCUUGCGGUUCUACGCCACUGCGAGCCAUUGUUCGGACAAGGCACGCGAGGUUCUGAUGAACGAAGCGCGCACUCCCGCAUUCAUCCUCGUCGAGAUCUCGCUCCUGGUGACGCUGACCUCUGAGGACAGCUCUGUGUCGCAGCUCGCUGCCAAGGCUUUGCGGCAUCUGGCCUAUCUCGAGACUUUACCGGGUGCCCCUCCCACAUCAAUUUCGGACGACGAGCUGCUCUCAAAACGGCACCUUGUCUAUCAGCAGCUUGGAGAUCCCCGCGUCAUCAUCGUCGGUCGAGUGGGAUACCAGAAACGCAUGCGCAAACUGAUCAGGCUCUUGUCGUUUCCUUCGCCCAUCCAUGUCGCUGUCUGGCAGGAAUGCUACUGGCGGUGGAUGUAUCUGUACAACUUCAUCAAGGACACAGUCGACGAGGCAUUGGCUGCACCGGACCAGAGGGAGACUAUCCAAGCAAUCAUCAAGGAGAAACGAUUCGCCUACGAGAAUCUGACCCUCCUUCUUGCUUCACUUGGCGGGGCGUGUGUCCAAGACGGUGUCGACUACAGUUUCUUGACGUCUGUCGUUCCGGCCAAGUACCUCCCAGAUCAAAUGCGAGAUCUGCAGAACAUGGAGCCGCUGGUCGUCAAAUUUGUGAUGGCAAUGACGGACCAGCUUGUGAUUGAAGACAGCCACCUGAGAGAGAAUGCAAGGAAUGCGCUUGGGGCCGAGCUGAGCCCGCGACUUUACUUGCGGUUGAUGAGGCAUUUCGAAGAGACGAUACAUCAGAUCAACGGGCUUGUGGCUGGGACAGAGCUUGAGGAACCACACGCUCUCUUUGUUGACCAGUUCAGUGCCGUCCUGCGCAUGAUCAUCGACAACACGCACGGUGAAUCUGAGGAGAUUAUGAGCAUCGAUAUCAGCGCGACAAUGCUUUCUCUUGCGACCUUCAUUUCCCGGUUUGAAGCACACGCUGCAUCACGGCUCAGACUCAAGUUCUGUCAGCUGUGCGAUGCCUUGUGCGAGCGAACAGAUACUCUGACACUCCGAAAGGACAAUCUUGCGAGACAGAAGAUCCUGGAUAUCAUCAUGGAGUGGAUGCCAGCAGGACCGAAGUCCGAUACGCAAGAUAUCUUCAUCACUGGUGGUGACCUCAGCUUUGCAUGUCUGCGCACCAGCGUGAAGCUGCUCGACCGACUCCCGAUCCAGAGCCUCGACGAAGCUUCCACAGGGGAUGACAGCGUGCACGCCGUUUCCAGGCUGUUCCACAAGUACUCUGGGUUCCUGUUACGCGGGCUCAACGAGGGACAUCUGGAAAGCCAAUUGUCAGACACAGCUUCGGAGGCCCAAUCCAUCUCCAAACGGAACCGAUUUGCUCAGCGUGAAGCCGAACUGCGCGAGCUGGUCAUCACAGGACUGGCGCAUCUCGUCGGGUCCAACUCUGAGCACGGGUUCAAACAGUGCCUGCCAUUAGCCUAUGGCGGCGACUCGAAGAAACGGGAGAUUUUCGCGAAUGUGUUUGCGAGAGUCAUUGGACAGGGCACGCGGUUGGAUGUCGAGGAUCGGACCAUCAAGCCCGGCCGCCACGGGAAACUGGCUGAGCUGGUCAAAGGCUCUGAUAUGGCGCUGGUCAUGGCGAUUUGUGAGACUUGUCCGCCGUCUGAAGUGGAGAUGAUGAUCUCGGUGCUGCUGAAUAUCUUCGACACCCGCGGGUCGUUGAUGGCCCUGCUGAAGCGCAUGAUCGAUCGCGAGGUUGCACAGACCGAAAGCGAAGCUGCUCUGUUCCGGAGCAACUCGACCUGCGCCCGGUUCUUGUCUGCCUUUGCCAAGGUGCACGGAUAUACGUAUCUGAGGAGCCUUGUCACACCUCUGAUCACAACGAUGGCCUCUCUGCCGCCUGGUGGCAGCUUCGAGCUCGACCCAGACAAACCAGAAAUCGGCGAGGAGCGGGCGAAGAGGAACCUGGAGAACGUCAAGUUCGUGGCGGCAUCCUUCCUAGAGAUCGUGACGUCAUCUAUUCCGGUCCUGCCCACCAUGUUCCGUGAGAUCUGUGCUCACAUCGGACGCGUCGUGUCCCGCGUCUGGCCAGAAGCCAAGUUUUCUGCCAUGGGCGCGUUCUUGUUCCUGCGGUUCAUCUCGCCCGCCAUCGUUGCGCCCGAGACGAUCGACAUCCAGUUGCCCAAGGACGAAGCGAUGGUCCUUAGGCGAGGGCUGAUGAUCAUUGCCAAGAUCAUACAGAACCUUGCGAACAACUUGUUCUUUGGCAAGGAAAAGCAUAUGGUCCCGCUGAAUGAGUUCUUGCAGACACACAUCGCAAGCAUCACCCGUUUCCUGUCAGAGCUCCAUAAAUAUCAGGGACCCUCGACAGACGAAGAAACGGACGAAUGGCUCGGCACGACGACUGAUGACACAGACCUGAUUGUCUUGCACCGUUACUUCCAUAAGCAUGCCGAUAAGAUCGGCAAGGAACUGCUUAGCCUCACCAAGCCUGCCGACUCCGAUCUUGCAUCUGGCAAGCACGCCUGGGACGAACUAUGUGGUCUCUUGGUCGAGUUGGGCACUCCUCUGGACACACCGAAGCUGUCGUCGGCUUCGUCGGCCGACCAUCGAGAUUACAUCGAUCUAAUGGCCAGGCACGUGCACAAGAACGUCGAGCCGGUGAAGCACCUGUUUCUGGAGACCGAUGGGCCACCGACAGGAACGGCAGUGUUUGUGUUGCUGUUGUCGAAGAUCGACGUGGAGGCCCUGGAUAUCGAGCUGCUGAUGUACCAUAUCUUCAAGACUCUCGAGUUGCCGAUCUACGACGACCGUAUGUUCGACAUCGUGUUGGACUGCACAGCAUUUACGGGGAUCUCCGAGCUGCCGCUGCAAUACCUCAAGUUCUGUAUUGAGCUAAUACCUUCGGAUAUCAGGGCUCGGUUCCGCACGGCGCAUAUCCUGAACUGCAACACGCUGACACAGAAAUACAUGCGGAGGCUGUACAACUUCGCUGCCGGUGUCCCCUUGUGUUCGUCGAUCCGGACCUAUUCGUCGGUGGCUGAGCUGGUCGGACAAGUUUCUGGCGACAUCACUGACAAGCUCCGGACCGCUGUUGCACUGGAAUCCGAGGCGUGCGAGUCGUUCACUGACGCCACGAUCCGCCUACAGCAAGUCCGAUUCCCGAUCAAGCUGCUCGUUUCGGAGACGCACGUGAGGCUCACAAGCGUGAGAGCCCAGCCCAUCUCGCCGCGUUUGUCGUGUUCGGCCACGGAGAUCAUCCCGCUGGCGGAUGUCAGCGAUGUAUACAAUGUCUCAUCGACACCGGGGUCUGGCACUCAGGACGUGAAUGAGUUCAUCAUCCGCAGACUGCAGGCGGGGAACACCCUAUACUUCGCGUCGCCUUCCCGAGAGGCCAUUGUGAAGGCUAUCCGGACCGGCAAAAGCCGGCUCAAGGAAACGCCUCUACCGUUGACCGAGCGGUUCUCUCGGUUCUCGAACAUUCCUGCGACGCUGCUGCAUGUGGGGAUGUUGACUGUCGAUAUCCAAGACGAGGACUUGCGUGCGGCAGGAUACGAGCUUCUCGGCGCGGUCUGCACGUAUUUGAACUUUGACAAAAGCCCCAUCGUCGGUGCGAAAUCUGGUUUUGUGCCCGAUGAUCCGACCCGCUUCGUCACACAGCUCAGCGAGCAGCUGUCGUCGUUUGUGCCCCAGCUCACGCUGGACUUUGUUUCUGAGAUCGCUGCGGCAAUGACCAGCAUCGAGAAGUCCGCCAUCUCGCAGCGUGUGAGCUGUGUGCAGUACUUGAGUCCCUGGAUCAAAAACAUGGUCCUGUUUGUCAACCCAACCAGCGCACUCUAUGAGAGGAGCGGGGCCCGAGUCCGCGAUGCCGUCCGGGUGCUGUGCGAUAUGUCCACCAGCCAGCCCGAGCUGAUAUCGGCAACGCAACGAUUUGUUUGGUCUGAAGUCGGCAAGUUAGAUCCCCUGCUGGUCGAUGUGAUCUUGGACGAGCUUGUACGCGCUGCAACUGACGGAGGAGUCGGGUCGAUCCGGUGUGAGACCAUUGGGCUGCUUCUGGCGUCCAUGGCGUCCAUCAACGUUCGAGGGAAGCUCAUCGCCAAGUUGCGCAAGUCGCUGGGCAAAACGCUCGGACAUCGUCAACCCAAGACACUGCUGGAGUAUCCCAACUGGCCUGAAAUCUCGACGUUGAUCCGGCUGUCCCAUGUCGCUGGAUAUCAAGUGACCAGUGCGGGAUCUACGAACAGCCGACACCACAAUCUCCUCUAUGUGCCCGAGAUUCUUCAUCUCGUCACGCUCACGGCUUCUGCCGGCCCUGCCCUGGUGCGCAAGUCCGUCUACGGAACAGUGAUCAAGCUUCUCCAAGUCAUUCAUGCCGGACGCACGGAAGAAUCGCCCUCCCCAGGUCUCACUCAUCUGAUCGAAGAAUUUGAGGACAACGAAACUCUGAGGCUAUUCGGACUGACGAGGAUGAGCCCAACGAGCGAGUACAUCGUGGUCGACGUGGCCACCGAUGUUCAGAAGGUGGAUAACCAGGAGAAGCUGACUGUGCUGCUGGUCAAGAUUCUGGAUGUCGCCGCUGGAUCGAGAGGUCUGCUGAACGUCUGGCGAGCCCGCUGGAUGGGACUGGCGACCUCGAGCGCGUUCCAAUAUUCACCUGCAGUCCAGAUGCGGUCGUUCACGACACUGGGCACGCUUCUGACGGAGGACACUGAUGAUGACUACCUGUACCAGAUGCUCGUCGCCCUCCGCACCGCGCUGCAACAUUUCAGCGAAAACGACUCCGCGAUCGUCAUCACCAUGUUGCGGUCCAUCUCCAAAGCCAUUCCCGCGUUGCCAUCGACCUCGAGGUACUUUGCGUGUCUGUUCUGGCUGGCGGUCGUGCUGCUGGAGUCGAGCCACGUGGUGUUCUACGCGGAGGCGGCGCGGCUGAUGUCGGUGACGCUCGAGAGCAUGCGGACGAGAAACAUGUUCCAGCAUGCAUCGGUGUCGACUGUUCUGCUCGAGGGGAGGGAUCCGUUGGAGGCGGUGUUGUCUCAGUUUGACCAGCUACUGAGCAUCUCGUUCGACAGCAACUUUUCGUUUGCGCUCAGUGCGGUGUUGUUCAAGGGCAUGCGGAUGAGCAUCGUGCGCAAAGAUGCCGAGGCAGUGCUGAGGAAACUGAUCAGCGUCACGAUGUCGCCGGGCGGCGAUCUCGAGUCCAGCCCCAAGGAUGCGCUGACGCCUGAUGCACUGGGGUAUUUCAUCGCGUUGCUGCCCGCGUCGGCUUCUCGGGGCGAGUUCUCCCGACUGCUCAAGGGCAUCGGCCUCUUGGACGGACAUGAGCCUGCGAAGAACGGUCUCGAACAAGAUGGAGGCGUGCCGCGGAUCCCGCUGUCUAUGCUGGGCAUCGACAGCGCGGCAACCGCACUGAUGGCCGCGUCGUUUAUCGGUGUUGUGGUCUCCAGCGCGCAGGGGAGCGAUGCGGAGUCGGAAAUGCUGUAUUGCUUGCUGGCAGAGAUUGGGUCAGGAUAUCCCGAAAUCGUAGCGAUGACGUACGAUGGCCUCCAGGACAAGAUGAUGGAUGUGCUAUCGAAAGCGUCGAACCCCGCCAUCAUCUGCGCGCUGUCCAGCAUCUUCCGCAUCUCACAAGAACACGGUACCCACGGCUCGUCAUCAUCCACUGUGCGCGGCGGAUCCACUUCCACUCUGAGCACCGUCGACGAGAGCAUCAUCACCACCUCGUUCUCUCCGGGACAGGCGCAUCUGCACGCACUCGAGGACUUGGGCAUGGCCGGGAUCGCCAACAGUUUCGUCUUUCUGCCUUUGACAGGCGGCCACGCAACGAAGGUCAUACAAUGGAUCCCCGAGUUGGUAAAUUUAAUCAUACAGUAAAGGAUGGGACGGAUUUGUUUUCGUUGGUUGUAUCUAAAGUAGAAUGUAUAUUUCUGUUGUUCUCCCA